AUGUCGUUGACUGUCAAAGCUUACCUGAUGGGCAAGGAGGAGUCGGUUCGGGAAAUCCGAAGAUUCGUGCUAGAGCAGGACGCGCUCGGAAGCUUCGAACAGCUGAGCGCCAAAACUUGCCUGCUCUUCAGCGGACUCAAGACGAGGCCGACCACCACCUUCUACUUGUACUACAAGGACUGCGAAGGCGACCUGGUGGCCUUCUCGUCCGACGACGAACUCAAGAUGGGCGUGGCCUGCAUCAAGGACGACGUCUUCCGGGUUUACGUCAAAGAAAAAAAGGAGCAGCGUUGCGACUUGCCGGCUGAGGCGUUCGCGGCGCCUCACGUGCACACGCACGCCUUUGCCGGCGUGCACCCUAACGUGACGUGCGACGGCUGCGAGGGUCCGGUGGCGGGCGUGCGUCACAAGUGCGCCGUCUGCCCCGACUAUGACCUUUGCGGAGCCUGCCGGGCCAAAGGGAUCCACCCAGAGCACACCCUGCUGCCCAUUUGGCACCCCCUGCAGAUGGCGUUCCCGCGUGGUAAGCUGUUGAAGAAGAUGAGGCAGUGCGGCAAGAACCAGAAGUGCGGCGGCAGCCCCGGUCGCAGGAACGUCGACCCCGACGCCGGCCUCAGCUUCCUGAAGAACGUGGGCGAGGGCGUGGCGGCCAUGCUGAGCCCGCUAGGGAUCGACGUGGACAUCGACGUGGAGCAUCGCGGGCAAGCCGUCAAGGUGACCGACGGACAACGAGAGGCGGCCGAAGGGGACCAGGCAGAGGUGGGUCGAGUAGCCAAAAAAUGGACUCAAGCUUCAGCGACCAAAGAAGAUGAAGAGUGGACACACGUCAGCGGGAAGGAAGUGGACCCUUCCAGCGGCGAGCUGCAGUCGUUGCAGCGGGGCGCCGAAGGGGACGCGGCAGCGGCGACUCCCCAGGCGGCCCUGUACCCGCAACUUCCCGCAGAGGCCGACCCCCGUCUGGUGGAGUCCCUGACUCACAUGCUGUCCAUGGGCUUCACCGACGAAGGCGGCUGGCUGAGCCGCCUCCUCCAGGCCAAAGAUUUCGACAUCGGCGCCGCCCUGGACGCCAUCCAGUACGACGCCAGGAACGCACGUCCGCGCCGCCACUGA